GGGCGAUGAGAAAGAAUUCCCGGCAUCUAGAGUGUUAGAGAUUAUUUCUUCUGUAGCUUCCUUAUCAGACAUUUCAAACGUUCGAUUCCUUUCUCACCAACUCAUUUCAAGCUUACUUGAAAUGUGCAGUGACGAAGUCCGAAUGUUCGCCUUUACAGAGCUUCUUGAAAGAUGCCCUUACCCAUCAAUGAAGACAGCAUCUAUUGGACUAUUCAAAAACCAAAUAAAUGGAGCUUUUAAUUCUAAAAAAGAUAGGCCCCCAUCUGUAUUCGCGAGUCCUGUUAUUGUCGAUAAGUUCUUCCCGAUCCUAUUCCGUACAAGCAAGAAAUGGUGUACAGAAGAAGACACGUUUUGGGACGACUACAGCUAUCAAAUGCAGGCUCUAAAUCUUUAUCUAUUCUUGUUAAUUUGUGAUAAAUCUGAAAACAGGACAACCGUUUUUGAUCAGGAAAAGCAAGUAUGGAUGAAUAAUGAGUAUAUUCACCAUCUUGAAGUAACCAUUGAUACAAUUAUGGAGAGACACAAAAAGGAUUCAAAUGAUAGCGAUGAGCAGCAGUCAGGAAUAAGACUGAUGAAUCUUGAAAUGAUGAAAAACGUGAUCGAGCAGAUCAAGCAACGUAUGACUUUGAGCGUUUAAUAGCAUUAAAUCCGGUGAUUUUUUUAUUGAUUUUUUCUUGGUUGUUGUCAAUAAAACAUAUAAAUUUUCUCUUAUC